CAUAAUUUGUAGUUGGAUGGUUUAAAACCUUAGAGUAGUUAUCUAAAUCCCUUCCCAAAUCUUCUACUUAGUUAUAAUUUUUGUGUUCAGUUGCCGUGGAUAAGUCAUGUGAAUAAUUUUUGAAUUAGAAAACUAAGAAACCCCAAUAGAACUAGAACUCCUCCUUAUCUCAACUAGUUAUAGGUUCCUAUAUAUAUUUUGGUUUGUAUUUGUAUAAGUCUAGGCUUUUCAAACCAACAGAAACAUCAUUUGGUGCAAUGGAAGGGUUCGUUCUGUGUGUAUCUGAUCUGGUUAUUUGCUUAAUGAGCUUCUCUUAUGGCUCUGCCUAAAUUGUUGUGUUUUUGUUGCAGCUUGGACAAGAGAACGCCGGAAUCAAAUGGCUCAAAUGAGAUUAACCAGAUGUCAAAACUAUAUUCUCUUAUGGAAGAGUUGAAAGUGAAUCAAUUAGCGUUGAAGAAUGAUAUGGAGCAAAACAUAAGCGAGUUGAGGAGAUCGCUAGAUUCUUUAACUGACUGGUUGAUGGAGAAGUUUGCUACCAUCAGACCUGGUGAUCCCUGCGAAAGUGGUAUGAAGCACAACAAAGACAAGGGAGUGGAGGUUAUUAACAUCAGCACGGAUAGCUCAUGCUCCUUGUCAAGAACCACUGCACCCAAGAUGACAGACAAAGCUGCAAGUGCAAGGAAAAAGGGAAAGGUUGGCGUGAAGCCGCCUGUCAAAGUGAGAAGUCCCAUUUUGACAAGGAGAUACAAUGAAAUGAGAAAUAAAAGAAUAUAUUCCAUUGGGCCCUUUACAACUUCCUCUCGUGCAUGCCCAAUGGAUCUGAUUUUGAUAACCCAUGUGUUUGACCAGUCAAAAGAUGAGUGUGAGGAGCUUGUAAGAUCUCCAUGGUUUAAUCUGAAUCGGGCACAAUUUAAGGGAUUAGCACCAGAUUUAAUGUUGUCUUCUCAGGUUAUUACCAUGUGUGUGGACUUCUUAACUCUAGAAGAGUUUCGUAAGGAAAAACGUGUGCGAUGGUUCUUACCACCAGCCUUUUCUAUGUCUGUGCGUGGAUAUUCUGAGGAGAAUAUUAGACGCGUGUACUGUUCAGAAGAUUUCAACGACUGUGAGAAGAUUUUUGUUCCCAUUCUGCUGGACAAUCACUUUUUUCUCAGCGUAUUUGACCUUAAGAAGGAGGUCAAACAGAUAUGGGAUUCAUAUCCGAACUUUCUCGAUCCGGGCAGGAGGGAAGAAAAACUAUCACAAGUAGCAAAAGCACUAGACUCCCUGGUUAUGGUGAAGAUUAUUAAAAAGUUGGAGGUCAACUUGCUGGAAUCUUUCACUACUGAAAUAGUGGUUAACGCUCCACGACAGAAGAAUGGGGUUGACUGUGGUCUUUUCGUGACGAAGUUGAUGAGAAACAGUGGGUGCUUAGAUGAUUGUGCACGUAAAAUGAAGAAGAAGUUUGAGAGUCAAGAUGAGAGGCUUGAUCUAGCAUUGUAUUUGCUGAAUAACAAGGAGAAUGAGAUUAAAGAUGUGCUUCACCGGAAAGUUGUAAUGGAAAGUGGUGAAGACAUUGAUGAAGUUGAGGGUACUGCUGAGAGGAGCGAAACACCCAAAAAAGAUGGGAAUUUUACUACUUAUAAGCUGUAGUUGGUUUUCCUUGUUCAAUAAUUAUAGACUCUUUAGAAGAAUAAACAUGGCUAGGCUAUUGCGUUGGACUGUUUUUAAUAAUCCUGAUAGUGUUUAGUUGUGGGAACGUUGUGGGUUUGAAUAUGGGGGACCUCGAUUUGUUUUAAUUCUUUACGAGAGGUUGAUAUGGUGUGGCUAGUGGUUUUGUUUGUGUGCUUGUUUCGUGGAUGGGUACUGCUGUUUUUUCCAUAUUGCAGCAACUACGCAUUUUGUUUUGGCUCUGUUCUUAGGCUGCUUCUUGUACUAGUUGUUUUCUGCCUACUUCAUUCACUUCCUGUUUGAGGGAGCAAAGAGUUUCAGGUUAUCAAAAACAAGCUCCAUGUAGCAGAGUCUGGAAUGAUGGAGUAGAAUAUUGCACAAGAGAUUAUAUCCUGCCGGAAAAUGACAAGCACAUGUAUUUGGUGGUUCGGAUGCCAAAUACACUACUGUUACUUGUGCCGCAAGGUUUUGAAGCGUACCAGUGAGCAUAACGGACCAAAGAACUGCAAGCAACAUAUGGUAGCAUAGGCUUUGAUGUUCAGUCAUUACCAGAUGGAGGAUUCCACUCAGUUUUUAUCAAAGCAGACUCAGACCAGCUAGUGUUGACGAAUGUUAUAUUUUGAUUGAGUAGUCGUUUUACACUAGUCAAUCAAUGUAUAGAACUAUCAAUUUGCCUCAUCAGAUUAGCAUGAUGUGGAACCUUCACACCCAUGCUUAAUUGUGGAAACAAAACUCAGAUCAAUGGGAGGAGAAUCAUGGUUGUUCUGUUUUUAUUGAUUAGCUUGAUUUACUGGAAACUUUGCUUUUGAAAA